AUGCCAGCAAUUGGCUCUGGUGUCCCUCAGGGAUUGUUUUCACAAGGCCAGCAGCACAGAUCCAUUGAAAUCAGGUCCCAGGACUACAGUAGUCAUGCACCUGGAACUGCUGUUGGAGCUAUGGCGGCAGCUCAGACCCUGGCUUGUCCCAGCCCCCUGCAUGCACAUGCCCACAAAGCCCACACCCAUUGUCUGUUUGGAUGUCCCCCAGGUGCUGAAUUCACAAAGCCAAUGGCAAAGGCAAAAGUCCGUGGCUCAUGCAGCCAUGGGGAAAGAUUUCAGCCCUGUUUCACAAGUCACGCAGCCCCUGGGGCUCAGCUGUGGCCUCAGCCCUGCCUCUGCACAUGGGCAACCUGCUGGUGUCUGCUCCCAGAGCCCACCAAGACUAGAAUCGUGCUUCUGCCGUGCCUUUCAAUUUUGUAUUUCAGAUUAACUGCUCCUUUUCCUCCACGUUCUGAAGGCCUUCUAAGAAAUUUCCUUCCCAGUUCAUCUGAUAAGCCUUCAGACCUGAAAUAUACCAAAGGCUGCAAUGGGGCAGUAUGGGAGGUGGAUGGUGAGAUUUUCUUCCUUUUCUAUGGCCCAGCCCCAGUUCCAGCCACAAGUCCUGCUAAUGGUACCUCACCAGGCUCCAACCCUCCUGUAAGGAGUGGUCUUAAAGAAGAUCUAGAAGUCAUGAGAGACAAUGUAAUAGUUGAAUUGGAAAGAAAAUUGGAUUUGAACAGUGGCUCUCCAACUCCAGUGUACUUGUACGUGAGGAUGAGAAUUACCCUGGGAGGUGAAUUUAAAAGGCAGAUUCUCAAGCUCUACCCUCUGAGAAUCUGGGUCUGCUCAAGGAGUAAGGCCAAGGAGUUUGAAUUUUUAACAAGGUCCCCAGGGGACGCUUGCAGACGUUAAGGCCUUGGAACACCUUGGAGAACCACUACAUGGGAUGAUGUCUAAGAUCUCCUCUAAGCCUAAUGUUCUCUGACCCGCUGAAGACUAUGGCAAUGGGAAUGAGGGGCUUCUAUCCAUUCCCUGAAUAGGAACACCAAAACUCUAAGCACCACCAUCCUGACCUUGGCUCCAACGUAAGUGACCACAUGAGUCACAUGUGUGUUAGUGACCACCUAACAUAUGCUCUAAGCAACUGACAAAGUAACCACCUUGUCAUUAUGAACACAAAGUACCACCUUUAGUAUUCACACACAUCUAUGAAAAGGUAAGUGUUUAAAAAAGACUCAAGGGCUUCCCUGGUGGCGCAGUGGUUGAGAAUCUGCCUGCCAAUGCAGGGGACAUGGGUUCGAGCCCUGGUCUGGGAAGAUCCCACAUGCCGCGGAGCAACUGGGCCCGUGAGCCACAACUACUGAGCCUGCGCGUCUGGAGCUUGUGCUCCGCAACAAGAGAGGCCGCGACAGUGAGAGGCCCGCGCACUGCGAUGAAGAGU